GUGGCUAGUGAAAGGAAGUAGUUCAGUUGGAGAAGUGUUUUAGAAAUAUGCAAAAAUUAUUUGAAGCCCGGAAAGACUUGUAAAAAUUUAUAAUUAAAUAAUAUAAGUGAUCUCGAUUUACAAAAUGAGUUACGCAAUCAUAUUCGUUUUCUGCGUAAUUCUUUCGAAUACUUAUAAGACGCAAAUUACUGCCACUUCGGAAACUACUGCCGCGCCGGAAAUUACUGUCGCUACGGAAACUACUGUCUUUGCGCAAACUACUAUCUGCCCUCAAACUACUGUCUCCUCUCAAACUAAUAUCUAUAUCUCCUCUCAAACGAAUAUCACCUCUCAAACUAAUAUCUCCUCUCAAACUAAUAUCUCCUCUCAAACUAAUAUCUCCUCUGAAACUACUGUCCGCCCUCAAACUACUGUCUGCCUAACGAACUUUACGUCGUCAGACGCAGAAAAUGCCACGGCCGAUUCACGGGCUCUCAGUAGGUCGAUGUUUUCGUCGUUUUCAUCGUUUUCGAACAAAAUUUCGGAACUACUUGUGGAGAAGAAAAACGUGUUAGCUGCAUAUCCACUGCAACUUGCCUCCACACUAAUCGACAAGCUAUGUUCCAACACGCUGUUCCUGGCGCAUGUACCAGCCAAGUUUACACCAGAUAUAAGUAAAAUGCAUUUCCAAUACAUUACCAGCUGUAAGAAUUACAGCGUACCACUUAUGAAGGCUGAACAACUUUGGCAACACAUGAGCUUUAAUAAGAAGAGAAAAGUUGUCAUCUUAGCUACCGGUUGGACCAAUACAGUCAAUGAUUCUUCCACGUUGGCGUUGCUUUCGAAGGCGUUUCUUUGUCGCAAGGAUGUGAAUUUCAUUAUAGUUGAUGCCGCAUACUAUGUAGACACAUUAUAUAAAUGGGCCGCAUUAAAUACUGAGGAAAUUGGCGAAUAUAUAGCGAAAGGUCUUAGGCAUUUGAUAAAAGUAGUUCCGCUAAAAAAUAUACACUUAGUCGGACACAGUCUGGGCGCACAUAUAAUGGGUAAAGCUGGUCGUACUUUCACCAAAUUAACUGGAAAGAAAAUACCACGCAUUACCGGUUUGGAUCCGGCUAAGCCAUGUUUUUACAAAAACGAUACACUCUAUAGCUUGCGACGAGGCGAUGCCGAUUUUGUGGAUGUCAUUCACACAAAUAUCGGCAUAUUGGCGAAGAAGAAACCGCUUGGCGAUGUUGAUUUCUAUCCUGGUGGUGCUAAUUCGCUGCCACCAGGUUGUUUGACUGUAGGCUGCGCGCAUAUACGUGCCGUCGAGUACUUUGCCGAGAGUGUUUAUCCUGGGAAUGCAAAAAAUUUCAUUGGCUUGAAGUGCGCGGAUUGGAAUGAUUUACAGAAAUUAAAUUGCCCAGCCACAGACACCUCAACGAUGGGUUAUGGGGUGAAUGAGCAAGCUCGAGGUAUUUAUUAUGUGCCGGUGAACCGUAAAUCCCCGUAUGGAAAAAAUGCAAAGCCGAGCAGCGUACGCUGGGAGAAUGCCAAGUGUAAUAAGUGUGAGAAAGUGAGGAGAAAGAAGAGGGAGAAAGGAAGGAAGCGAGGGUUUAACAGUUGGUUAAGUAGUUUAGUUGUUAAUAGUAAAAUGUUUAAAAGAGUAUGAUUGUUAUAAUUUUUAUGAAUGUCGAAUUGGUUUAACUAAAAAAGGUAAAAGAAAGUACUGGAUAAAUAUAUUAUAACCGUUAAUGCAUUUAAGUUUUAUAUACUGAGCAAAUAAAAUCUAGACAUUAAAUUCGCUUGCCAAGCUCGACAU